AUGGCGACAUACAUGGAAAUUGGAGGUAUUCCAAAUUUUGAUUGCCACGGAGAUUCGUCCGCCAUUUCUCAACGAUGGAGAAAGUGGAAAAGGGCAUUCGAACUGUUUGUUGUGGGCAAGGGUAUAACAGAUCUUACACAGAAAAGGGCGUUGUUACUCCAUUGUGCCGGGAUGAGAGUGCAGGAAAUAUUUGACACACUCGCGGACACAGGAGAAGAUACAGAUUACGACAAGGCUGUACAGAAGCUGGGAGAGUACUUCGCGCCACAAGGAAACAUUUCAUUCGAGAGACACCAGUUUCGGCAACUCAAACAGGAGUCUAGUGAGUCAGUUGAACAAUUUAUAACGAGGUUACGCGAUAAAGCCAUGACAUGUGAAUUCGGAGAUGGUAAAGACGACCAGAUCCGUGAUCAGGUUAUCGACAAGUGUAAGUCGACACAUCUACGGAAGAAAUUUCUGGAAAAGGGAGGAACAUUGACCCUCACAAAAAUGCUGGAAAUGGGUAGAGCGCAUGAAGCAGCAGAGAGACAGGCAGCAGUAAUGCAGGAAGAAACUGUACACGCAGUUUAUGAGAAAAGGAAAGGACACAAACCAGGUUACCAGGGGGCUGACCGUUUCAAUACAAGUAGUCAAGGUAACAAAUCUCAAGCAUGCUUCCGGUGUGGGAGACAGGGACACUAUUCAAAAGAUAAGGAAUGUCCAGCCAGGAAUAAGAAAUGCAAUAAAUGUCAUAAAAUGGGACAUUUCCAGAAGUGUUGUAAGACAAAGGGAGGUAAUCCAGGGAAUGGCCGAUCACAGGAACGUACGGUGAAAUAUGUACAAGAUCAGGAUUCGGUUGAGUUAACUGACUACGUUUUUAGUGUUGUUAAAGAACCAGUUGGAGAACAGGUUAGUGUGAUAGUUGGAGGUGUGCCAAUAUCAUUUACUGUUGAUUCAGGUGCAGGUGUUAAUAUGAUAGACCGAGAACUCUGGGAAAGUCUGAAAAAGUCAAAGAUAAACUGUGUAAGUAACAAUACUGACAAGAAAUUGUUUGCUUAUGGAAGUACCAAGCCACUGCCUUUAGCAGGAUGUUUUGAGGCUGAUGUCAUACUUGGAAACAAGAUGGUACCUAGGGUGAUGUUUUAUGUUUUGGAGGGAACAGGCCAACCACUACUAGGCAAGAUGACUGCUAUAGAAUUAGGAGUUCUACAUGUGGGUACUGGGCACAUUAAUUCCGUUGAACAUGAUAUCAGUAAGGCUGAACUUAUGAAGAAAUACCCUGAAUGUUUCACAGGAAUUGGGAAAUUGAAAGACUAUCAAAUGACUAUAGCACUGGACGACACAGUUACGCCAGUUAUUCAACCAUUGCGGCGUAUACCCUACCAUUUACGUGACCGACUUGAGAGCAAAAUACACGAGCUGGAGUCAUUAGACAUUAUUGAGAAAGUCGAGGAACCCAGUGCAUGGGUAAGUCCAGUUGUUAUUAUUCCCAAGUCAAACGGGGAUAUUAGACUUUGUGUUGACAUGCGAAGGGCCAAUGAAGCUGUAAUUCGUGAACGGUAUCCGAUACCAACUGUAGAUGAAAUACUACAGGACCUGAAUCAGAGCAAGGUUUUUUCAAAACUUGAUAUUCGCUGGGCGUAUCACCAGAUUGAGCUAGCCCCAGAGUCACGUGGUAUUACAACAUUCCAAACUCACUUAGGCAUGUAUCGGUAUAAACGACUAAUGUUCGGGAUCAGCUGUGCCCCUGAGCUCUACAACAAAAUCAUACAACAGGUUCUGAGAGAGUGUCCAGGUGUCAACAGUAUAUUUGACGACAUUGUUGUUCACGGAGAAACACAGGGUGAGCACAACAAAAACUUGGACAAACUGUUACAAACCUUACGUGAGAAGGGCUUGACAUUGAAUUUGGACAAAUGUCAAUUUAAUAUGUCACAGAUUACAUUCAUGGGACAUGUACUUUCAGAGCAUGGAAUCAGUCUCGACGAGGACAAAGUCAAAGCGGUCGUGAACGCGAGACAACCUUCAAAUGCUGGAGAAGUAAGAAGUUUCCUAGGCCUAGUCAAUUUUAGCUCCAGAUUCUUACCCAACCUGGCAACUGUAUCUGAACCCUUACGACAGUUAACCCGAAAGGAUGCACCAUUUAAUUGGGGUCCAACUCAGGAACAGUCUUUUAAGAAACUUAAGGCGAUGUUGUCAAAUGCAUGUGUUUUGGGAUAUUUUGACCCAAAAGCCAAGACGCAGGUUAUCGCUGACGCGUCACCUGUGGGAUUAGGAGGAGUGCUAGUACAGGAGCAGGACAAUCACACACGUGUAAUUUGUUACGCGAGCCGUAGUUUGACAGACAUUGAGCGGAAAUAUUCACAAACCGAGAAGGAGGCCUUAGGACUGGUCUGGGCAUGCGAAAGGUUCCAUAUGUACCUAUAUGGACAGGAAUUUGAACUUGUUACAGAUCACAAACCUCUACAGUUCAUUUUCUCACAGAAAUCCAAACCCUGUGCUCGUGUAGAACGCUGGAUUUUGCGGCUACAGUCCUAUACCUAUACUGUCAAGUAUAUACCUGGAUCUCAAAACAUCGCAGAUUGUUUGUCUAGAUUGAUUUCAAAGUCUUCUGAUGGACCAUCACAUCAUGAUACUGAGACCUACAUCAAGCAAAUUGCAGAGUACUCAACUCCAGUUGCUAUGACAACACGCGAAAUCGAACGCGCCUCGGAUAAUGACCCGGAACUAGAAGCUGUUAGAAACUGUAUUGUAAACGGCAAGUGGUCAGAGAUUCCCUACAAAGAGUAUCUACCUGUAAGGUCUGAACUGUGUGCUAUAGGAAAACUUGUGUUACGUGGGACGCGGAUUGUGAUUCCCAAGUCGCUGCGUGAAAGUGUACUGAACGUAGGUCAUGAAGGACACCCGGGCAUAGUUGCCAUGAAACAACGAAUACGAUCAAAGGUAUGGUGGCCUAAAAUGGACAUACACAUUGAAAAACAUUGUCAGUCAUGUUAUGGAUGUCAGUUGAUGGCUAAACCAUCAAACCCUGAACCUAUGGUUAGGACCGAGCUACCCUCAGGUCCUUGGCAGGAUUUGGCUGUGGAUUUUUUGGGACCUCUCCCAAGUGGUGACAGUUUAUUUACCUUAGUUGAUUACUACUCAAGGUGGGUCGAGGUCACUGUGAUGAAGUCGACUACUACUGACAAAGUCAUCGCAAGUCUGAAAACUACAUUUGCCACUCAUGGGAUUCCAACUUCAAUCCGUACAGACAACGGUCCACAAUUUAUCAGUGAAGAAUUCAAGCAAUUUUUACAAGAAUAUGGUAUAAUUCAUAAACGUACCACACCACUAUGGCCUCAAGCCAAUGGUGAAAUUGAAAGACAAAAUCGAUCCCUGUUGAAGAGACUCAAAAUUGCACAACAGGAACAGAAGGAUUGGAAAACAGAGUUACAAACCUAUUUGAUCAUGUACAGGUCUACACCCCAUUCAACCACAGGAGUGAGUCCAGCUCAGCUGUUGUUUGGACGCGAAAUUCGAACAAAGUUACCAAAUCUUCAGGAUUACACAAGUACCGGAGAUGUUGAAAUCAGAGAUCGCGACCGUGAACGGAAAGAAAAAGGAAAACUGUACGCGGAUGAAAGGAGAAAUGCUACAGAAUCUGUUUUGAACCCAGGUGACCUUGUAUUGAUGAAACAAAAACAUGUAGACAAAAUGUCGACAAACUUCAAUCCAAAACCAUUACAAGUACUUAGGAAACAUGGUAAUAGUGUUUUGGUAGAAUCAGAUGGAGUCCAGAAAUACAGAAAUGUAACACAUCUGAAAAAGUUCAUUAGGCCAGAAUCUACUGUGUCUAGAAACAGUGAUAGAACCAAUGAAAAUGUGUCAUACAAAACUGUGUCAAAUUCUGAAGUCCCUAACUUGGAAAUAUCCAAUGAAAUUGAGAAUACUGAUUGUGGUCUAGAUGAUGAGGAUAAGAUUGAUCCGAAGUCGAGGGAGGAAAAGGUACAGACCCCUACAUGCGAAUCGCGCCAACAAACUUUUCCUAUGCGACAACAUAGGCCAACGCGAGAAGUUAAACAACCAGUGAAAUUUCGCGAUUUUGUCAUGACAUAG